CUAAGGGUAACCUACUCAAGUACCUACCCAGGUCGCGUUUUGAGAUCUGACCUGUGAGUCAAGGAAUUUUAGACAAGACUCAUCACCAGGCUUGACUCACUCACUCUUUCCCUUGCACAACAUACAAGUCGACAUCGUCACGCUGUCGCGUCCAAUUCUUCGUGCACUUCUGGUGCACUCAUCAGUACUUCGACGGUAUCCUACAAGAUUUACCCGUGCGACAAUGGCUACCAACUCUGGCCGAGGCAAUCCUAUUGCCACCUCCGAUGGGCCAAAGGUCGACGGCCAGGCCCCCCCUCCCGUCUCAGAAGAAGCCAAGGCAACAAUCAAGACCACACCAGCCACAGGCGCAACAGGAACCCACGCCACUGGCCAGGAUGCAGGCGCCGCGUCAAUGGAGGGCACAGGCAAGGUGAAAUCCGCCAAGGAGCUCGAAAAGGAACGUAAGAAGGCCGAAAAGCUCGCGAAGUUCCAGGCCAAGAGCGCCGCGAAACAGGCAGCACCAACCGAAACCACCACAAAGCAGAAAGAGAAGAAGGUGAAGGCUGCCGAGGAGGCCAUACCAAAGUAUGUCGAAGAGACUCCCCUCGGGGAGAAGAAACGGCUCCGGCCCCUGGAUGAUCCUCACUAUAAGGCAUACAACCCUGUUGCUGUCGAGAGCGCCUGGUACGAAUGGUGGGAGAAGGAGGGUUUCUUCAAGCCAGAGUUCACCGAGACUGGCGAUGUGAAGCCCAAAGGUGCCUUCACUAUGGUCAUUCCUCCACCAAACUGUACCGGCAGCCUGCACAUGGGUCAUGCUCUGGGUAACAGCCUGGAAGACAUCAUGAGUAGAUGGCAGAGAAUGCUGGGCAAGACCACCUUGUUCCUUCCUGGAUGCGAUCACGCCGGCAUUGCCACUCAGAGUGUCGUCGAGAAAAUGCUUUGGAGGAGGAAACAACAGACUCGCCAUGACCUUGGAAGAGAGAAGUUCCUCGACCUCGUCUGGGAAUGGAAGCAGGAGUACCAUGACAAGAUCAACAACGCGGAGCGAAAAAUGGGCAUUUCUGUGGACUGGUCAAGAGAGGCCUUCACCAUGGACAAGAACCUGUCCGCAGCCGUCGCUGAGAACUUUGUGCGCCUUCAUGAGGAGGGCAUCAUCUACAGAGCGAACCGACUGGUGAACUGGGACUGCACUUUGACCACUGCCUUGUCAAACUUGGAGGUUGACCAGAAAGAGCUCACUGGCAGAACCCUUCUCGACGUCCCAGGCUAUGACAAGAAGGUCGAGUUUGGUGUCAUCGUUCAUUUCAAGUACCCGAUCGAGGGCUCAGAUGAAACGAUCGAGGUGGCCACGACCCGUAUUGAGACGAUGCUCGGAGACACUGGUAUCGCCGUCAACCCCAAGGACAGCCGAUACACCAAGUAUGUCGGCAAGUUUGCCACUCAUCCCUUUAUUGAGGGUCGGCGACUGCCAAUCGUCGCUGAUGAAUACGUCGACAUUGAGUUCGGUACCGGAGCUGUGAAGUUGACGCCAGGUCAUGACCCCAACGAUUUCAACCUGGGCAAGGCUCACAACUUGGAGUUCAUCAACAUCUUCACCGACGACGGCCUUCUCAACGAGAACGCUGGCGCAUAUGCCGGCCAGAGGCGUUUCGAUGUGCGAUACUCUAUUCAAGAUGACCUGAAGGCAAAGGGCCUGUACGUCGACAAGAAGGACAAUCCAAUGAAGGUGCCUUUGUCUGAGCGGUCCAAGGAUGUCAUCGAACCGAUCAUGAAACCGCAAUGGUGGAUGUCCAUGCGAAAUAUGGCUGAUGAAGCUGUCAAAUGUGUCCAGAACAAUGAAAUCAAGAUCAAGCCUGAAUCAGCUGAGAAGAGCUUCUACAGGUGGAUGGAGAACAUUCAAGAUUGGUGUAUCUCACGACAACUCUGGUGGGGACAUCAAUGCCCCGUCUGGUUUGCCAAGGUUGAGGGUGAGGAGCAGGACACAUCAAACAAUGACCGCUGGUUCAGCGGAAGGACGCAGGCCGAGGCAGAAGAAAAGGCCAAGAAGGUCCUGUCUGGCAAGCAAUACACGCUCGAGCGCGAUCCUGACGUGUUGGACACCUGGUUCAGCAGCGGUCUUUGGCCUUUCUCAACCUUGGGCUGGCCCAACACGGAAGCGGAAGACUUCAAAAAACUGUAUCCCACCUCAAUCCUUGAGACUGGCUGGGAUAUUCUGUUCUUCUGGGUCGCUCGUAUGAUCAUGCUAGGCAAGAAGAUGACAGGAGAUGUGCCAUUCAAAGAGGUCUACUGCCACAGCUUGAUCCGUGACAGUGAUGGCCGAAAGAUGAGCAAGAGUCUGGGUAACGUCAUCGAUCCACUUGACGUUAUCAGUGGUAUUGAUCUCGAGGCCCUCCACGCCAAGCUUCUCACAGGCAAUCUCGCUCCUACCGAGGUGAAGAAGGCCACUGCGUACCAAAAGAAGGCUUUCCCUAAGGGCAUACCUGAGUGCGGUGCCGAUGCCCUGAGGAUGUGCUUGGCAGCAUACACAACUGGCGGCGGUGACAUCAACUUUGACGUGCAGGUUAUGCAGUCGUACCGAAGAUUCGCCAACAAGAUGUACCAGGCAACGAAGUACGUGAUUGGCAAAAUCGACGCCGUCGAAGGAUUCGUGCCCGCAAAGACAAGGACACUGCAGGGCAAGGAGUCCCUUGCGGAGCUCUGGAUCCUGAGCAAGAUGAAUGCAGCAUCAAAGACGAUCAACGAAGCCCUGGAGGAGCGCGAGUUCAUGAAGGCUGCCAACGCGGUCUAUCAAUACAUUUACGCCAACCUCUGCGAUGUCUAUAUCGAGAACUCAAAGGGCCUGAUUCAAGACGGCAACAAGGAACAGGCCGAGUCCGCCCUGCAAACCCUGUACUCGUCACUGGAGGCGGGCCUGCUACUGAUACACCCCUUCAUGCCUUUCGUGACCGAGGAGCUGUGGCAACGCCUCCCAAGGCGCCCUGAUGACAAGACCAGGUCUGUCAUGCUUGCCGAGUACCCGGUCCACCAGCCAGAGCUAGACCAGCCAGCCGCCGAGCAGGCGUACGAGCUCGUCCUGAACAGCUCCAGUGGCAUCCGCUCCCUUAUGGCCGAGAACGCACUGAAGGAGGAUGCCCAGGUCUUCAUCCAGACCUACGACGCCGAAUCGCAUAAGAUCGCCUCGGAGCAGGUCAGCAGUAUCAAGGCCCUCUCGGGCAAGGGCAUCGGUAGCAUCACCAUCAUCGGCGCGGACGAGCCCCGCCCCUCCGGCUGUGUCGCGUACCCUAUCGGUGCCAGCGCGGCCGUCUUCCUGCUCAUCAAGGGCCGCGUGGAUCUGGACGAGGCCAUCCAGAGCGCGACCAAGAAGCUGGAGAAGCGCAAGGGCGAUGCCGACAAGCAGCGCAAGCUGGUCAACGACCCGGCCUACAUCGAGAAGGUCGCCCUCGCGACGCAGGAGGCGGACAAGCAGAAGCUGAAGGACCUCGAGGGUGAGCUGCAGGGCUUCGAGACCACUAUCGAGCAGCUGAAGCAGUUGAAGCUGGAGUAAGCGAGGAAGGAGUGGUAUAAGGUUUCGUUUUUGUUUUUCUUUUUCUUUGCGGGAAGAUGAAUGUCAACAUGAUGCAUACAUACAUCUGUUAGAGCACACUAGUCCUAAGUGGCUAGACAAAAGCAUUACUGUUUCCAUGCUUGGACCAACCCGUUCACUAUCACAACAACUGUACUCACAAGCCAGAGCCGCACAUGCCUUCCAGAUCCGAGGGUAUCGGGAUGUUAACAUUGCUUUGAAGCGAGGCUAUCUGCAUGUUGGGCAAUUGGCUGAGUAAAUGUGGUGACAUAGACAAUUCCGAGCAGGUUUCUCCUUCUG